GGAGAGAGCUACGUGAAAUUUCAAUUCCAUGGACUCUGUGAUGCUCCAGCACCCCUUAGUUCCUCAUGUUUUCAUUCGCUCAAGAUAUCCUCGCUCCUUUGCCACUACUCAGAAUCUGGGACUCGGGCCAAGUAGAAGCAAGUGGUUGAAAUUGAAUUGUGGAGGAACUGGAACUGGAACUGGAAGGUGGUUUGAUGAAGUUCCUCUCGAAGGAAAUGAAAAUGGAGCAGUUCCAGGAGCUUUGAACGAGUCAGCUGUGGCACCUUUCGAGACAUUAAAUGCAGAAAUUACUCCUGAAACAAUUGAUUUUUUUGUUAGUGAUGCCGAGGGUGAUCCUGACUGCCCAUCAAAGGGUUUCUCCUCGAUCGAUCAGGCUCUCAAUGCUCUUCGUCAAGGAAAGUUUGUGAUUGUGGUAGAUGAUGAAAAUGUGGAUGUCGAAGGCAACCUUAUCAUGGCAGCAUCUCUUACAAGUCCUCAAGCAAUGGCAUUUUUGAUUAAGCAUGGUUCAGGAAUUGUCUCCGUAGGUAUGAAAGAAAAUGAUUUGGAAAGGUUAAGGCUUCCACUCAUGUCUCCUGACAGUGAAGAUGAAGACUACUCUGCUCCAACUUUCACAGUCACAGUGGAUGUAAAACCUGAUGUAUCAACCGGAGUUUCUGCUUCUGACAGAGCAAAGACAGUUCUUGCCCUUUCAUCACCUGGUUCUAAACCAGAAGAUUUCAGGAGGCCAGGUCAUGUGUUUCCCCUCAAAUACCGAAAUGGUGGGGUGCUGAGAAGAUUUGGCCAUACUGAGGCUUCUGUGGAUUUGCUCAUAUUGGCCGACUUGCAGGCUGUGUCUGUUCUUUCAGCUGUCAUUGAUGCAGAUGAUGGUUCUAUGGCACGCUUGCCUGCUUUAAGAAAGUUAUCAUUGGAGCAUGGAUUACCAAUUGUCUCAAUCACUGAUCUGAUCCGGUAUAGAAGAAAGAGGGAGAAACUGGUUGAAAGAACGGCUGUUUCCCGUUUACCAACUAAGUGGGGUCUGUUUCAGGCAUACUCUUACCACUCAAAGUUGGAUGGAACAGAACAUAUUGCUAUUGUAAAGGGAAUUAUUGGUGAUGGGCAAGAUGUCCUUGUAAGAGUUCACUCAGAAUGUCUGACUGGGGAUAUAUUUGGCUCGGCUCGAUGUGAUUGCGGCAACCAGUUAGCCUUGGCAAUGCAGUUGAUAGAACAGGCGGGUCGAGGAGUGGUGGUCUACCUCCGUGGACAUGAAGGAAGAGGAAUUGGUUUAGGUCGCAAACUUCAGGCCUACAAUUUGCAGGAUGAAGGACAUGAUACAGUUGAAGCUAAUCUGGAACUUGGAUUAGCCAUUGAUGCCCGUGAAUAUGGGAUUGGAGCUCAAAUCUUAAGGGACAUUGGAGUGCGCACAAUGCGUUUAAUGACAAACAACCCAGCCAAGUUCACAGGGCUCAAGGGUUAUGGUUUGGCUGUUGUUGGAAGGGUUCCUGUCUUAUCUCCCAUUACAGAGGAAAACAAGAGAUACUUAGAAACAAAGCGAACUAAAUUGGGCCAUGUUUAUGGGUCUGAUUUACCUUCUACAGAUUCAUCGGCUGCAAUGUAAAUAACAAGCACCACAGUAUGAAAGCAUAACAGAUUAAUUGGUUAUUUCUCAUUGUACAUUGAUGAACAGCUUACUUCAUACCAUACAGAGUUCAAAAUUCAACACCCAAGAUUUGUGCUGUUAAAUAUGAACAUGAAGAGGACAGUGUGCAGGUUGACUGUACAUAUAUGGAUGCAUGCUUGGCUACUUGCUGCUCGCAUUAUGGAUUGAUUCACAAUGCACUUCUCCUUCUGGCUUAUUCCUAUUAACUUUUCAGUUUUAAUGGUAAGUCUGCUUUAGUUAUGGUUUA